AUUAUAGUUCAGAGAUAACUAACUGUUAUCAACACCGUCUUCAUCUUCAUUUGUUAAUAAACUUGCGGUUGUUUAGAGUGUAGGUGUCAAGUGAAAAGACGUGAGCUAAGGUAAUCUUGAAAGGAUAUAAGCCACAUACUUGUUGAAAAAUUCAUUUGAAGCAGGUACCGCAAAAUGUAAUCCGUUAAGCUAGCAGCGAUACCUCUAAACACGGCCGUUAGCUAUUAGGGAUGUUACAUCACUACAAUUAUUCAACAUCAUUGAGUCAUUUUCUAAGUUAUCAUCAAUUAGAAGAUCGAUCAAAUGAAAACGAACAUCAAACUUCGAAUUUAUGUGACGAUAUUGUUCAAGAAAAUGAUAUUCGAUGUAGAAGUAAUUCUUCCGCUAGUAAUAAGUCUUUUACGAUAGCUGCAAUAUUGGGAUUGAAGAAUGACAACAAAAACUUAGGUAGCGCGGUAGGUUCUGCGACCGAUUUAAGUGUCGUGAACUUAUCGACGGGCGGUGACCGAAGCGGUGGCGCUCUGAUAUCUGGUUGCAGCAGGUUACAACUUCCGGUACACGUCUCGUCGGUGUCAGGCACUGCCGCUCCUGGAGGCCACUUUGCCCCCUCUAACCCUUCAGAUACUGGUCGCGGAUGCCCCCCGUCUAGGCACAAUGUGAGGAAUUCCCUCAAGCACAUGUCACAUGGUGUAUUACAAAAUAAAAAAAGUUGCAAAAGCAAAAGAGUCAGAACGAUUUUCACUCCCGAACAAUUGGAAAGGCUGGAAGCGGAAUUCGAAAGACAGCAAUAUAUGGUUGGACCGGAACGACUUUAUUUAGCACAUACGCUUCAACUCACCGAGGCACAAGUGAAGGUCUGGUUUCAGAAUAGGCGUAUAAAGUGGCGCAAACACCAUCUAGAAUUAACACAUCAACGUCUUGCGGUUUUGAAACAGCAACAGCUUCUACUCGAUGACACUCAACCGGAUGUACAAGAUACUAAUAGUUCCGGAACGGAUACGUGAGUUUAAUAAUGAAAAAAAUAUAUAAUGACGCUAAAGUAAACUUACGCAAAUAUGAUUAAUUAAAGAGAAACGAUACUAAAAUGUUGUUUAUUCAGAAUCAUUUAUUUUUAGUAAAUCAAAUUAUUGAAAUAUUAUUUAUAGACGACACCAUCUGAAAGUUGUUCGUUCUGUAUUCAUUUACAUACCGAAAGUUGCGUUUUGAGUGUUACAUGUAGUAAAAGUGACAGCUCCGUACUGCAAAACACUUUCAGGACGUUCUGGAGUAGACAACUUCUUAAAUGCGACUCUAGCCACUUCGAUGUUGAUAGUUGACAGUUUCACUUCGAUGAUUUUGUAUAACCUUAAAUUUUUAAUUUUCUGAAAUUAUUUGUUUUAUCCGAAGUUUUGUCUAAAUUAAUGACUUAAUAAUAAUGAAUGAUGAUGGAAAAGAAAACCUUAGUGAUGAAGAGUUACUCGAAUCCACGCCACCUGAUCACACCGAAGAAAGUAAUGCGGCCGUUCUUAAUUCGUUGCCGGAUAAAUCUCGUGCAAGGUACGCUUUAUGAAGUGGUGUCACCAGAAAAAAUUAUAAAUAAAAUGUUUAUAAUUCUCUAUUAGCUAUUUCCUUUCCUCAGUGUAAUUGAAAAAGUUUUUAAUUCAUGCGUCGUCUAAAAAAUGUUGUGUACGCCGCGGCUGGACAACAAUAGAUAAAAAUCAAUAUGGCUAAAACAAAUUUGGAUGUGGCUUUAUUGUUUUCCAAAAUAUUCUACAUGGAAAUCCAUAUACUUUGGCAUGCGUUUGCACCAAUUGUCGUAGCAUUGAGAUACCUGCAAAACAUGUGAUUUGAUCGCAUCAACUGCUUCUUCAGGAGUAGAAAAACGUUUACCACGCAAUUUAUUUUUAAUCUGUGGGAAUAAGAAGGAAUCAUUUGGUGCCUGCACGGUGGGUUAUCCAUCAAUUAAAUGUUUUGACUGUUCAAAAACGUUUUUGUUUGAACUGAUGUGUGAGAGCUCGGAUUGUCGUGGCGAAGAAUGAUUCGUCUUCUGCGACUGAUUUUUCCAAGACUUCUGUCAAACAAAUGCCGAUAUACCAUUCAGAAUUGCCUGUUCUAUGUUGCUGUAAUGGAACGACAACGACAUGUUCAGUAAUACCGAAAAAAUGGGUGACCAUUCACGCUUCGUGAACAAUUUUCGGUUAGUUUCGGGUUCUUAUGCAUAGAUUUUUUCAGCAUAUCUGUGCUCCAAUCGACACAAAUUUUUCCUAAAGCGAAGUGCGAUCACGAAUUAAUUCGGAAAAUCAGCGAAACACGGUAGCUCGACAUGGUGCUUCAUCACGAAAAAUUAAAACGAAUUGAUCGGCACACUGCUGGGUUAAUCCGCUCGAAAGCCAUAGAAAUAAUCAUCGCACGAAAAUGUUCGCGAUUUAUGUCCAUUUUUUGACCAAGUUGAAUGUUUUAAGUAACUGUAAACAACUUGAAUAGCACCUGUAUCUUCAUGACGGCAAUGUCAGAUUUGACAUAUUCACAUCAGUGUUGCCAUUUCCCAAAACUUAAAUAGUAACCCUCGUAACCAUAGACAUAGACCACUAGUCACCACAGAUUAUAUUGAGAGAGAGAGAGAGAGGUUCGUUGGUUUUUUUUGUGGCUGGGAGAAGAUAUUAUUUACGUGAAAGAAGGGAUGCAAUAGGCUGGAAAAGAUUAUAAUAAUUAAAUAAUAAUAAUUAAAAAAUAAAACGAGGAAAAGCAAACGCCCGAAAUAAACUAUCUAAUUUUCGCAGAUUGUGAUGAUAUUUUUUACGGUUGGUACUUUUCGUUUUUCAGAAUAAGUGAUACCAACGUGAGAUAUGUCGGUGUAAGCUGCAAUUUGGUGUGAAACUUACUUACACUAAAUGUAACCUAAAAUUUUACGUUUUCCUAUAUCUUAGGAUGCCCAGAAAUUUAAAUAUUUUUAACGUGACAAAUUUCUUCAAAUUUGUCGGAAUUUUACUUACUGUUGUUCGACUGAUUGGUCUGCCUAAAAUUUCGUAACAAAAUCGGGCAACAAAAUGUCUCAACAGGUAAAGUGGUUUAUGAUUUGAAUAAUUGCGUUUUGUUUAAAUGAUAAACUAUGCAAAUUGUGGUUUAUACAAAUUUAUUUACAAUAUGAAAUAUUUUUUUUCUACGAUGGUGGAUUUUUGUUGUAAAAAAUUCAUAAAUAUACGUAAGUUUACUGAUGCGAUAAAUAUUUUCGGAUAUCGGUCUAUUUAAUAUUAAACUAAGUAAAUAAUAUGUAGCAAAACACUGUACAUAUGACACGAAAAUGUAUAUAUUAAAAAAAUGUAAAAAUGUUCAAAUCAAAGAGUCCAAGAAGUUAAUCAAAGAUCUAUUUAUCAAUGCUACUGCUCACUUCUGUAUUAUCUUUUAAUGAUAUUUCAAAAAAAAACUCAGCAAUAACAGAUUUCGAAAUAUAACGAGAAAAGAAAAUGACAACGUUCAUACGAUUUAUAUUGCGAACUAGUGAAAUAACACGCAAAUGUGAGAAAGUUACUUUCAAUCGAGUUGUGUAUGCGUUUUUUUAUACAUACUUUAUAAGUUCAGUAGCGAUAUAAUAUUCUGUGUAAUAAUUCCAUCCGUAUUAACCCUGUAUUAAAAUAUAAAUUGUAUUAUACCGAUUUAGUGAAAACCAUUGCCACUUUUUCAUUUUCGGAUACUUAUCUACCUCCUGUAAUUGUGAAACUAUUUGGCCGAAUAAAUCAGUAAAUUUGAAACAACCUUUGUAAAACUGUAGGUCAGGUAAUUGAUUUUUUCAAUUUUAUUCUCCCGGAGAUAUCAGGGUGAAAAACUCCGCUUGCAAGCUUCGUCGUAAGCUUCAGCGGAAUUUAACAGAGAAUUCAGGAAACUGAUUAGGAAUCGAUAUCCCAUCUCCAAAAAAAUUGAUGUGGUUUUCCUAAGUUCCACGGGCUAUCACUAGCAUUUGCUUUGUUGAAAUCACUAAAUUGAAUUAUUCGAUUACUUUGUUUUUAUCUUCAUAAUAUUGUAGAAGAUAUUACAAAAAGACAAUUACUUCUGAAAAUUCACUAAUUCUAGCCUUAUUUUCACAAAUGAUUUCCAUUUUUUCAUCUCUAAGGUAACAUAAUCAUUUCAAAACUAAAAGAAAAGGUCCUGGCUACUUUUGGUAGUACAUGUAUAAAAUUAUACUUUCGGAUAUGACUGUUAUUUAAAAUGAGUCGAAACAGCAAUUAAAGCUGAUUUUACAGUCUUACGCUCGCGCUCUCGUUCGAGGUCACGCUGGAAACUAUUUACAGAGUUUUUGAGUUUCCGUUGUCAAUAAGGUUUUAAUUGGCUGUCACUAUUUGGACUAAUUUCAUUUCGCAAAACCAGAUGUAUGGUAUAAGAAAAAUCUCGUUACUGUCUGGUUUUUUGUCAAGUUUCGGCAUUUUUUUAGAUUUGUUAAUAUUGUUUUUAUUCUAGUCAUGGUUGAAUUUGAUUAAAAUUGAUGUACUAUAUGACCUGAAUACCAGUUUUCAUUUGUUGGCUCUGGAACGCCAGCGUCGAACGUAAACCAUUUUCCAACACUAACUAGGCGUGAACUUGUACGCGAGCGCGAGCGUUUGUGCUUAUAAAAACGUCAAUUUAUAAAUUUUUAAGCUUGCGCUCAUCCUAAAUUAAACAGAUUACCAAGUGUGAUUUAAAAAAACAAAUGCCGGCGCUCGCGCUUCAAUGCCUAAGGCCAUUAAAUUCUAUAUGCAGCGACCGACUGGAAGGUAAACGUUCUGAUCUACGUCUGAACGCCAGACACAGCCUAGCCAGAACAGCGCUAGCGUCUAGUCGUGUGUUAUAAAAUGGAUAUAAAUUCAACAAGGAACCGAGUAUUUAUUAAGAGAAAGAAAGAAGGAUAUUUCCAGAUUUUGAUAAUGAAACACUUAAAAGAAACCAAUUCUAAAUUUAUUGAAUAUUUUCAUGUCAAUCAAGAACAUUUCAAACAUAUCGUAGAACUUGUGCGGGAAUAUAUUAUAAAACUGCCAUCAAAAAGGCAUCCCAAGCCCAUAACACACGAAGAAAAAGUUGCUUGUCACUUUUAUAGUAUAAUGGACUGAUUUAAUCAAUAAUUCAGCUUUUACUUUAUCGAAUUUCGACAUUGUGUGCUGACGCCAAAUACGUAAGAUUUAUGAUGCGGCUUACGGCGUAACGCCGUACGCGGCCGACGGGGUUUAUGGGAGACCAUAGCCUGCGAACGCGAGCUUAAAAAUUGAUCUCAAUGGUUUAAAUAUAUACAUGUACGUUUGUAUUGAAUAUAUGUACUUAUUUGAAACAUCUGGACUCUUUAGAUUCAUAUAUCAACUGUAGUGCAAAUGUAUUAAGCCAAAGGGUUGUUCAAUAAUUUAUUUGUUAUUAACCUAACAAGAAAUUUAAUUGAAUUUAGUAUGUAAACUGAUGUAAUUUCAAAUAAAAAACUAUUAACUGAA